CGAUCGCAAUGGCCAACCAACACCAACAAGAAAGCAAGUACUGGAUGGAAAGCGAGGGGGAGCGCAAACGGCUAGCCAGCAAUCAUUUCAUUGCUAAAGAUGCCAUGGGCGGCAAGCUCGUUCGAGCGCCCGUAGAUUUUUCUCGGCCGGGCAAGUUUCUAGACAGUGGGACUGCUGAUGGAACCUGGCUCCUGGAUCUCGCCUCAUCCUUGCCGCCUCCAGCUCUGUCUGCCGCUGCCCACGAAUUUGUUGGCACAGAUCUCAACCCAGCACCUUUUCCGCAAUCGGUUCCCCCAAACGUGACGUUUGCUGUUCAAGACAUCAAGACUCAAUGGCCAGAGUCCUCGCAAGGCCGAUUUGACCUCGUUCAUCAACGCCUAACCCUUCUUGGGGCGGGCCCCAACCCCGCUGCCUCCAUCUCCCAUCUGUACUCGAUAGUCAAGCCCGGUGGUUGGGUUCAGGUCAGCGAAGGAACCAUGGAUUUCCCAUCCGAUAUUGUGAAUGAAGAACGAACGCCAGCAUACAGCGACAUGCUUAAGCUUAUGCGAGCUAUUGCAGGGGCGGUCGGCGCUGAGUGGCACCUUGGCAGAACGAUCAAGGGCUUAUUGGAGCAGGCGGGCUUUACGGAUGUUGAAGAGGAAGACGUCAUUCUUAAUCUGGGUGCAACCAACAUCAAUGAAAAGCUGGCGAAGGAGGGAGCAGAAAGCUGCGGCGUCGCAGUACAGGGCUUGUCUAGGUUCGCACAAAAAUUCCCACCCGAGAAACAACCGUUGCCAACUGAAAGAUACGAGACACUAGUGGCCGACAUAGAGAAGGAAGUUCUGGAGAAAGGAGCGGUGUACCCACUAAAAGUAGUAUGGGGUCGCAAGCCAGAGUAAAAAUGAAGCGCUCCUUAAGGGACUGCCCAUUCCCCAAGAGCGAUGUCAGCUCGAGAGAGAUUGCUCUCUGAGACUUAUAUUUCACCAAUCAUGUCGCAACACACUAUAUACAAUUCCUAGGAAGACUUCAGUCAAUAUCAUUUUUC